AUGGAAGCUGUCCCCACCCACAGGCCGGGCUCCUUGCGCUCGAUGGCAAGCAAUUCCAGCAUAGCUAGUGGCGUCAGUCUCUCCCGCCGGCCAAGAACAACAAGCAGGGCACGUUCGCGCACUGUCACCGGAGGGUCCUUCCGUGCUGAGGAUGUCCCCGAACUCCCAACCUCGCCCUCAGACCUACCUUAUCUUGCUUCGCCAUUUCACGAGGCUCCAUCAGAGGACUACAAAGUAUCCUCGUCCCCAACGCCCCUGAACGAGCCUCCUAGUCGGCCUCCAAGGUCUCCUCAUAGACUUGACGCAAAUGAGAUACGUAGCAGUGAUACGGCGUCCUCACAGGGUGCUACCGAUGCAGACCCAACAUUCGUUGAUGCGGCUCCUGUUCCAAUCACCUCUAUUUCUGGGAAGCCGUCAAAGGCAAGUAAACAGGCGUCUACUCUACCGCAUCUAGACACCGGGUAUCGACCCCCUCCAUCAGCUUUUCAACGAGAUCCUGCCUUGACACCGGUGAUCAAUGUACGCGACUCGGUAUCGACGCAACAGUCGGGGGUGUCGUCCUCUCUUUACCCUCCUUCCACGUCCACUGCCUCUGCGCCCGAAUCUCCGACAUCACCACAAUCGAUGGCAAGCCAAGCUGACGCUGUGCCAUUCAGCGUCGAAGUCAACGAAGUGCAGGAUUUCGACGGCGACGAUGUGGCAUAUCGUCUCCGUUUACUUGUCAAGAAUAAUUAUUUUCUCCCCCCAGCACAUUCGAAGCCUUCUCCUGCAGACCUCGUAUCUUCCUCCCUGAACCCCUCGAAGAAGUCGCCACGUUCCCCCGCGCCUAAUUUUCUGGACCUCUUUCGGGUCGGCAAAUCGAAGUCGAAGCCAACAACCCCAACUGGACAAGGAUCAGCGUUUGAUCCCAUGGCUCCGAUGCUUCGAACCACGGCCGACUCUAUCACAGCUUCCUAUGCCCUCCGGGGCAAUCAAUCGCGACCUCCACAACAGGCGCCUAAUGUCCCUAUGCAUAGUCCGAAUCCAGCACCUAGGGGAAGAGUGGUGGUUGUACGAGAGAAAAUGACGGACAUUGCCGUCGCUGCCAAGCAGUCUGAACAAGACAUUAAGAUGCGGGGUGCUCGACUUGAACAAACCUCUCAGAAGGGCGAUUCAACUUCUGUAGACGAUAUCAUCGACCCAACAGACGCUGUAGAUAUACCCCCUCCAUCUCCGUCUUAUCCUUUUGCAGUUCAGGCUUCGGCAAUGCAUGGCUUGGGAGUUUCAGAAUCAGUAGGUGCAGAUAUUCUUGCUGAGCGUCUACCUCCUGGUAAACAUACACCCGCAUAUGAUCCUGUUGAGGACACCUGGAGAAAAGCAUUGUUGCAUCAAGCUGUACAUCAUUCUCUAGACAAUACCCCGGAUGUUUCGACUCUUUCUCAGAUCAUUGCUCCAUCGACUCCCUUGAGUUCUCCGAUGUCAAUUCCCACUGAUUCCCCACAUCAAGAUACACCUAAAGCUACCCAGAAUCUGCUGCAGCAAAAGAUCACAAAUCAUCCUCUUCCAGAGAGUCCUUCCAAGAUCAAGCAUUUUCGUGAGAAGUCUAAUGCGUCGACUGCGAAAAGUAUUUCGAAGGCUGGUUUGACUGUUUCCACUCCUGACGGUUCUCAAGAACUAUCAAGACCCACGAGCUACCAGCGCGUGGACACGCCGUCUGGACCGCUAACACCACUUGGGCCGCCUCCACCUAGAAGAUUCCCUAACUCUGCGUUUUCAUUGUCCCAAUCUAAUGCAACCAAUGGACGAGUCUCUCCUUUGUCAGUACGUAGUCUUGAUGAUUCCCGCCAUAUUCUACGACGGGCAGCUUCGUCGCCGUUAAUGACAGACGGAUACAAUACAUCAUUAUCGAGACUUGACCUCAGUUCACCUCCACCUAUGCCUCCUUACGAUCCUAGAUUUUCCCAAGCAUCAUCGUCACGGUCCAUCCGCACAAGCGUAGAUGACGACGCCUCCGAAGUGCACCUUUCCGACAACGAAGCAUUACCUCGAAGAUCUCUGGCGCUGUCGGCCAUGCGAAGCAAGCCUUCUAUGUCUGAAUAUUCUCAUGCCUCACAAUCACCUACAACGUCUACAUUCCAGGAUAUGCUUAAUCAUGAUUCUCAGUCAGUGUCUCCGGUUCAAUCGGAACCCUCUCGAUUUACUGGCGAACCGCUUGAACGAGUGGCUACAUACAGGUCAAGUGUUUCCGCUCGUUCUGCUGCUACAUCCCCGCCUCCAAGGCAUUCAAGCUCUUUGGCUUAUACACCGCUACCACCACCACCUCGGACCACUUCUUUGAACUAUCAAGGUGUAAAGAAACAAUUAAGCUCGUCGUCUUCUCGAAGAGAAGACAGCUUGCGUGAAAGCUCAGACGACCCUACGUUCCACAUCACAGCUCCCGAACCUACUACACCUCCUCUGCCUGGAUCUGGACAUCGUAGUCAUUUCCACACUCCCCCUCUCUCUAUCGAUACUUCUAUGGUUUCGCUUUCGCCUGGACUGCGGUCAGCUCCAGGGCCAUCUUCGUUAACGUCUUUCUUCGAUGAUAUUCAGAGUCAACCUAAUGCCAUGGAUGAUUUGGAAUCAUCUUCAGACGAAAGUGAAGACGAACCACCGCGUAUUACCCCUCAAAUAUACGACGAUCCACGAAAUAGAGCCGCAUCGGUCAGUACGUCUCCUGGUGGAUCGCGCAGUCCGAUAAUGAAGCAUGGCAAUUAUUCCACACCCUAUAUCCGCCAAAACCGGCCUCCAAUUGGACACGAUGCUCACUCUAAACAGCCUAUAUCCAACAAAACUCCCUCCUUACUAUCGAAGAACGAUGCACAGGGUUCUUCCUAUGAUUUCUUCAAAUACGCUCAAGAUAAUCCGCUUAAUUUCUCGGCUCUCGCUGGCGAUGCCGAAGGGGCUCGCAGACCUGCUACUGCUGACCAUGUGCAUACGUGGAGACAUAAUCAAGAGAAGCAGGAAUCGCUCAGAAAACUAGAUGGCAUGCUCAUUCAGCAUAUUGAAGAUGAGAGAGACCACAUCAAGAGAAUAGCAACUCAUCUGAAACAGACAGCUAACCCUACCUAG